GCACAUCACAAAUAUACUAUACAAAUUGUUCAACACCAAUCUAGAAAACUCAAUAAAAUUGAAGCAAAUCACAAAUUAUCCAUAAAUAACAUGAUUAAUUGAAAGAAUUAAGUUUCUUCAUUCUCCACUCGAUGACAUCAACUUCAUUCUACACGAUUAGAAAGAAAAAAUUAGACAUGUCUCCACAAACAUAAAUAAGAUUAGUUGUUUAUAAUAUUAGAUAUACCGAGAAAAUUAACUAUAUGGGUGUGGGCGGGUACCCAUGGGUCGGGUUUACCUAAACCCAAACCCAACCCAACCCGGUGAAUAGUGAACGGGUUUAAACCCAAACCCGGCCCAAAACCCGUCAAAACGGAUUUUACCCGCGUUGACCGGGUUGGGUCGGGUGGGUACCCGUGGGUUUGGGUUUUGCUGCCAUCCCUAUUUACACCUAAAAUAUUUUUGGCUCAAAUAUUAAAUUAAUGCGGUGUCCCAGGGCCAACGAUGCCGCAAGCUAAACAAUCGCGACGGAGAGCGAUGUCAAGUUCAGCGGCGUCGCAAGAUCAACGGCGCCGACGAUGCCGCGAUCUAAACAGCAUUGAGGUGGAGCGCGAUGCCGCGGUCACGAGUUCGACAACGUCGCGAACUAAAUACUACGAGUUCAGCGGUAGGUGUCAAUCCUGUUGUUGCAGUUGCAAUGAUGUUUCGAUUUCGAUCGCGUCACGACAUUGUUUAGUCAAUACAGUGGCGAUCAGGUCAAGUCUAUCUGUAUCACGAAUCCAAACUCAACGAGACCCGUGAGAUGCAACAACGUCGCGGAGUUAAUCAGUGUCGCGAAGCCAACACCACCGUGGAUCUUAACGGUGUUGUAAGUUCAACAACAUUGUGGAUUCAAUGACUUCUCGAGCUUAGCGAUGUUGGGAAUCCAAUGGCAGUGUGGGAUAAAACAACAGUGUUGUUUAAUUGACAGCGGGGUCUUGUUAGUUGUUCAUAUCAACGACAUCGUUUCAGCGAAUUUGUUGUUGAAGGAGUAAACGACGUCGCGAGCUCAUGAAAAUGACAUAGUUGUUUUCUUUCACGUGAGAUUUACGCCAAGCAGAAUGGAGAUAAGAGCGAGGCGGUUACGAGGAGGUUCGACAGAGCAGUUACUUGAAGACUACAAAGAUGUGUGAUAAAACCAACCCUUCGAGGAGAGAAGGAAAGGGGAGAACCAACAUCAAACAUAGAACACAUUUGUCAAACUUAUCAUUUUCUCUGUAACUCCCUCGCGGAGCUCUCCUUCCAGAAAGGAUCCUCAUAGUUGGUAGAAGUAGUCGUAGUCGCGGAGCUCUCCACAGGAAUCUCCAUAGGAGUAGAUCUAACGUAGAUUCCCCAAAAAACUCAAAAACCCUCCUUCGAACAUUAUUUGAAGAGGUGUAAACCGAGUCACAAUCGUCUUGGUUAGAAGUCAGAGGUCAAUUCAAUCAAAUCAACAUCGUCGUUUGGCACGACGACGAUGGUAUUUGGUCCGAAGACAGUAGUGCAUCCAUUCAAUCGGCACCGCAAAAAAUUUCACCGAAACAAUCAAAUUAACAUCAUCCGAAACAACUUUGGCACCAGAGGUGGACAUUCGGUUAACAACCAUGUUUUGAUCAAGUCAGGUAGUUGCAAACUUCGAACUUACAAAAAUUAUAAGAAAUUUAUUCAAUUCAUUUGAUGUAUACAUUUAUGUUUUGAAUAAUUUGCAUUCAGUUAAAUGUUCAAAAGAUCAAUUAGCGAUCACGUGGGCAUGGUCGCUAAUUGAAACAUGGUUAUUUAGAAAUUGUUUAUUAGGUCAAUAUCGGGCAAAACUGCAAUCACAAAAUGAUAUACUUUAAGGUAAUUGGUUACGCCUAUAAAGGCAGGAUUGGGACCAUUUAGGCUGAGAUCACGCCUUUCCUUAGGUGCAAGCGAACUCCUUUCCAGCCAUAGGGGUCCAGAGGCGGGGUCUCAGACACUCUCCAAUAAUUAAGUCAGUAUUUUAGUAAGAUAAAGUAGAUAGAGAAUGGGGUAGGUCAGUUACCAAUAAAUGAUGUGUGUGAGUUGUAUUUAUUGUGGAUGGCUGUUUGUACGGGCAUUUAAUGCUCCUUCAUGCGUGUACCUUUAACUUCCUUUCCUGAGGUUAUGCUUGUGACCGCAUUUAAUGUUUAUGUCAGCUAUCUCAUGAUUAUAUCUACCUUUGUCCCGUCGACUGUACUUUGUCUGCUUUCCGCUCUCGGUUUCAUGGCUCCUCUCCUCAUCUUACGCUCCACGUCGUUAUGUACCUAUGACCUCUCCUUGAAUGGGCCUAUUGGGCCGAGGCUUUAGGGAGUAAACCAUAUCCAGCCCAACAAUUGUCCCGCAGGCGGGAAAAACCUUGGGGUUUUGGCGGCUGAAUCUCCAUGCUUAGGGUGGGUUUACUUCCUAAAGCCUGGGUCCAUAUUCCCAGAUGGUCUUCUCCCCAGCCGCCUAAUCUUAGGGAUAGCACACCUAGGGUUGCUUCGUCGUGCUGCCUGUUCGCCCGUCCGCCACAUUUGACAAGACGUCAUAUCAUGUUCCCUUUUUGACACUUGUCCUUCGGUAUUUUGAAUUUGCUAUCAUUACCCCUAUAUAGGCUCCUCGAUUCUCGAUAUACUCACAACUCGUCUUCUCCUACUUGCUUUCUUUUAAAAUCCCGGAUGAUACUUCAGAUUUGUUAACUUUUCUUUCUCCUCACUCUAUCUGUUGCUUUCUUCGUUAUUCACACUUAUCGACCGCCGUCGUCGUCUUUAGCGACUUGUUUUCUAUUCUCACCAUAGCCUGUUGUGGUCGGUACGAAUUUCAGCGUCAUUUAGUCAUGCCAAGCGGAGAUUCCAGCACUUUCGUUCCUUCCCAGUCUGGCAUGGACCAACGUCACUGACGACCCUUCAACCACCGCCACCGGUGGCCCCGCUAAUGCUGCUAGUGGCAGCGCUACCAACACUGGGUCCGUCGCUGUGGCCUCGGAUCUAAACCCCGCUAUCCACGCCAUUGUGUUUGAAUCGUCGAAAACCUUAUCCGGCCCGGUCACUACUGUCGCGAAAGGUAUGCUCGAUUUGAAUCUCUCGCCCUUUAGUCUGUCCGAUAUUGAUUGGGACUUGAAUGAGAUGGGUUUAGAUUUUGGGGGUUCUUGGUCCGAUGAUGGCUGUUUUUUCUUAGGUCAAUCUGGGGGUGGUAUGCUUGAAAUUACGGAUGCGAAUCUGGGGCUGGGAAUUAAUCCUGUAGGUCUUAGGGGAAAUUUGUCGGCUAUGGGAGAUAACCUGGGGUGGUUUGACGAUUAUGUAGCCGCGAGCGUGAGCUCGAAGGAGGGCCUAAGCAUUGAGGAUAUGAAUUUCGCUGAUUACCCCUCGUCAUCGUCCGUUGAUCUUCCCGGGGAGACCUCAGACAGUGACUACUGUGCUCUGGAGGAUGAUGCGUAUGAUGUCCGACUUCAUGCAAAUAUGUGGGGUAAAGGAGACAUUCCUGCCCGAGCUUUUGAUUAUGGGCCGGACAAGUACAACAAGCGCAGGCCUCAGACCGUUCUAUCUCGCUUGCGGGCUUACAACUUACCGACUGAUUGGAAAUACGCCUCCCCCUCACCGAACGCUUGAGCGGGCACCUACCCCAAGGGGUGGAUCACCAUCUAUAUAGAACAGCUGAUGCUUGGGUUGCGUUUCCCGCUUGACGCCAUUAUUAUGCAGACGCUCUUGUGCUUGAAUUGUACCCUAGGGCGUUUAUCCCCUACGGUUAUAUUCCAUGCUUGCGCGUACCGUCUUCAUGUAUGGCCUUAGGAGUUAUCCAAUGUCUGGUCAUUCGGGAGGCGUGAGAAGAAGUAUGGGUUCGUUACCGGUACACCCAAACUCGAUUCCCCCUGGUUCAAAGAUUUUCACUAUGCGAGGCCCACAGUAAGUGGUAUACUGGUGACAAAGAACCAAGAAAGGGAUAUGCAUAUGGGAGGCGGGAGAACUGGAAUGCCAAGCUAUGGUUGUUGGAGAAUCAAGUGACCCAUGUCUU